AUGCCUGGGAAAAGGCCCCUGAAUGCAGCGGUCAUCCCACAUGCCAAAAGGGAACGGAAGGCAAUUACCCUGGACCUAAAAUUGGAAGUCUUAAGACGAUUUGAAGUGGGUGAAAAGCUCAGCCAGAUCGCAAAGGCCUUAGGCCUCGCUGUUUCUACCGUGGCUACAAUCCGAGAUAAUAAAGAAAAAAUCAAAGCAAAUUCACAGGUAGCUACUCCCUUGAGAGCCUCCCGGUUGACUCGCCACCAAAGUGCCAUCAUGGAGACCAUGGAGCGCCUGCUGCACGUGUGGCUUGAAGACCAGAGCCAGCGAAACAUGCCCCUGAGCGUCACCAUCAUUCAGGAGAAGGCCAAGAGUUUGUUUGAUGACCUGCAGCGUGAAAGAGGCGGAAGGUCUCCCGCAGAGAAGUUCAGUGCAAGCAAAGGGUGGUUUGUGAGAUUCAAAGAGCGCCACAGUUUGCCCCACUUCACGGUGAGCAGCACAGCGCCGGGACACAAGGACGUGUAUCCAGAAGUGCUGAGAAGCAUCAUCGAAGGAGGUGAGUACAGCCCUCAGCAAGUUUUUAAUGUUGAUGAGACAGGGCUUUACUGGAAGAGAAUGCCUGAAGGAAUGUUUAUUUCUGUGGAAGAGAAAGCCGAGUCAGGCUUUAAAUCUUCCAAAGACCGCCUGAUGCUGCUGCUUGGUGGCAAUGCAGCUGGGGACUUUAAGCUGAAGCCCUUACUGGUGUACCACUUGGAAAAUCCCAAGGCUCUGAAAGGGUACUCUAAGCCCAAUCUACCUGUGAUCUGGCGCUCAAACAAAAAGGCAUGGGCAACCAGGACCAUCUUUCAGGAAUGGUUCACAUACUUCUUUUGCCCUGCCAUAGAAAAAUAUUGUGCCCAAAAUCAUCUCACCAACAAAGCACUGCUCAUCCUAGAUAAUGCACCGUGCCACCCGGUUAAUCUGGGUGAUCUGUCUGAUAACGUAAGAGUCGAAUAUCUUCACGACAGAACUGCCGACUUAGUUCAGCCCAUGGGUCAAGGCAUAACCUCUAUUUUCAAAGCUCAUUACAUGAGAAGAACUUUUGAGCACAUCCUAGAGGCAACAGACGGAGAGGACACAGCCAUGAUCAGGGAGUUCUGGAGAAACUACAGCAUCAUGGAUGCUGUAGACAACAUUGCAGUGGCUUGGGAGGAGCUCAGACGGGCAACAAUGAACAGUGUGUGGAAGAAGAUUUGGCCAGAGUGUGUUCAGUUCCGGAGUGUUUCCCAAACAGAUAACAUUGCACAGCUUCAAGAGAACAUUGUGACCCUGGCCAGGAACAUGGCUUUUGAAGAGGUUGUAGAAGCCGAUGUGGACCGGUUGCUGAGGUCUCACGAGGACGAUCUCUCAAACGAGGAGCUGAUGCAGCUGGAGCAGGAGCCCUCGGGAGAGGAGGAGAGUGAAGAUGCCGCGCCCGCCCUGCGCCAGCUAACUGCAGGAGAGCUAUCCGCAGCCUUCUCACAUUUCGAAGCAGGCUUGCAAGUCCUUGCCAGUAACAGUCCUGGUGACAAGUGGAAACUGCAAGUCUCAAGAGCAGUCAGCGAGGCAAUUAACUGCUACAGGGAACUGUACAGGGAGAAGAGCGGCGCUCAGAGCAGCUCUCCUAGGUCCUUUCUCCAUGGUGCAACCACGUGCUCGUCAGAAGAAAGCCGGCAGUAA